CUGUCGAUUGGUGUGAGCAUAUUUUGCAUCACUAGUUAGCGUGCUGCCGUCGUCGUGUUGUGCGAAAGUUUGCUCGGUUUAAUAAAUUAUUAAGCUCUUUUAAUCACGUGCAUUUUUAGAAUUAUUUAGCGCUUAACAACAUGAGCAAAUCCACGGGCAAUGCGCCACCAUUCACAUACGUUCCACCGCCAUCGGCACCGCCGUCAUAUUUGGAGGCAGUUGGCGGGGUGAAGCCAGUUGGUCCAUAUACGCCAGUUGCAGCGCCUGCAACCGUUGGGACAAACAUAUUGACCACAGUGGUACCCAUUGGUCGCACCUCGACGCACAUGAUAUGCCCCUCGUGUCAUGCAGAGAUUGAGUCGACGACACGCACGGAGCCGGGCAUGAUUGCCUAUUUGUCCGGUUUUGUAAUUGCAUUGCUUGGUUGCUGGCUGGGCUGCUGCUUGAUACCUUGUUGCAUUGACGACUGCAUGGAUGUGCAUCACACGUGCCCCAAUUGCAAGGCGUAUUUGGGCCGUUACCGGCGAUAAGUUACUGCAACUGCAACUGCUGCCAUGCAUACCGUGACACAGAUAUACAUAUGGAGGGAGGAGGAGUGUUUAAUUUAAGCGAGUGUUUUGCCUUUUUAUUUAAUUGUAAUAAUAACACUUGUAUUUCACGGUCAUAGGGAAUGCAAGGGCUUAACUCUAAUCUUAUGCUAAUCCUUGCUUAACUGCUCAAGCUCCAUGCACUUUAUUGGUAACUUGAUUAUGAUUUAAAGUUUACCAUUAAUUUUCUCAAAAUUGUAAGCCAGCAUACAUGAUUUGCUGAUUUAAAUCCGAAUAAUCUAGUAAAUAUGUUAGUUAUGUAAAUUCACGAUCGGAACACAUAUGUUUGGCAGCUUCUAAUACCGAAUAUUGAAUCUUAAUAUUUAUGUAAAUAUUUGUUCGAAAAAUUGUUGUGCUUCGAAGAUAAAUGAAAUCCUGCAAUGUCAUCCUAAAUUCAAGUUCAGUUUGUUUCUUUUUGAGAAUUGACUGGUAUAACAAUUAAAUAUAAAUGUAGAAAUUCAUUUUCCAAUGCUGCAGACACAAUACAUUGUAAUUUUACGAAAAGACAGCAAAUGUACAAAUAUUUUUGUAAUGUACUUGAGAAAGUCUUCACGCGAAAUUGCACACUUUAUACCAUUAAAGGCAUAUGCAUAUUUGUUUAUGUAUCAACCGAUCAAUAAUAUCCAUGUAAUAUGUCUUCUAAUUUUUUAAUAAUAAAAUCUAAAAAUCAAA